AUGCGCGGCGGUCUCAGGCUGGCAGAGCGCGGGGUGAUCCCCCGGCUGCUCAGCCACGUCUUCAGGAGAGGCAAGAAGAUCGCCAAGGACUCGGCCGGCGAGACGGCGGUCGACGUCGCCCUGUCGUACUACGAGAUCUACAACGACAAGGUGUUCGACCUGCUCGAGCCGCCCGAGAAGCGGACCCCCUCGGGCUUGCCCCUGCGGGAGAAGGACGGCAAGACGGUCGUCGUGGGCCUGUCGGAGCGGUCGUGCGGCGACCUCAAGGACUUUGAGCGGCUGUACAUCGAGGCCAACAACAACCGCGUCACGGCGGCGACCAAGCUCAACGCGCACAGCAGCCGCAGCCACGCCAUCCUCCGCGUCAAGGUCACGCAGGUCACGGGGGGCGACAUGGUGCUGGAGAGCACGGCGUCGGCCAUCGACCUGGCCGGGUCGGAGGACAACCGGCGCACGGACAACGGCAGGGAGCGGCUGGUCGAGUCGGCGGCCAUCAACAAGAGCCUGUUCGUGCUGAGCCAGUGCGUGGACGCCAUCUCGCGCGGCGAGAAGCGCGUCCCCUACCGCGAGUCCAAGAUGACGCGGAUCCUGUCGCUGGGGCAGAACAACGGCAUCACCGUCAUGAUCCUGAACCUGGCGCCCCUGCGCAGCUACCACCUCGACACCCUGAGCAGCCUCAACGUCAGCUCGCGGGCCAAGCGCAUCGAGGUGCGCGAGAUCGAGAACGAGAUCGUCUUCAAGCAGCAGCCGCCCAAGACGGCGUCGAGCGCGUCGUCGGGGGGCAACAUGGCCCGGCAGCCGCUCCGCCCGCUGGCCAACGCGCACAACAUGACCAACGUGGCGGCCGCGUCCAGCAAGGCCGCGGCGGCCGACAAGCCGGCCAAGGCGUUCUCGGUGUACACGGACCGGUCCAAGCCCAGCAUCCCGCGCCUGGGGUCGGUGGCGAACACGUCGCAGCCGAGGCGGUCCACCUCGAUUAAGCGUCCGUCCGACUCGGCCGACCUCCGACCGACCAAGAUGGUGCGCCCGUCGCACGCCAUGCUUUCCAAGCCCGCGCCUCCUCAACAACAGCAGCAGCCGCCGUCCUCGAUUUCCGCGGACCAGAUCGAGGCGAUCAUCGAGCGCAAGGUCCAGGAGGCCCUGGCUGCGCGGGCCCAGGCCCAGGCAGAGGCGGCUCCCGCGGCUCCCGCCCAGCCCCUCCAGAGCGAGAUCAGCGAGGCGGUGCAGCGGCGCCUGGAGGCGCUCGAGCGUCGGAUAGACGACGGCCGCCACGACGACGGGCGGUCGGAGGGGCUGCGCUUCCUGCUCGCGGCGCGGCAGCACAAGGAGCGGGGCGACGACGAGGCCGCCCUCCGGCACUACGAGAUGGCGCUCCCGUUCUUCCCGGGCCAGGUGAAGCUGCUGGGCAAGAUCGAGAAGCUCAGGGCCAAGCUCGCGGGCAGACAGGGCAGCGGGAUGAGCAUGAGCAACAGCAACAACAGCAGCAGCAACUUGUCCGGCGAACUGCUCGGGGAGAAGAAGAAGAGGCGCGCCAACGCUCGCGGGAGGAGGGCCCACGCCGCCGAUGAUGACGACGACUACGAGUACGACAACGACGGGGAGGCCGACGUGGACGACGAGAGCUUCGUGGAGAGGCCGGCGCGUCCCAGCAAGGCGGGCCGCAAGCCGCGGGUCAAGGCCAGCAAGAUGCCCGUGUUCGAGGACGGCGACGGCGACGGCGACGGGAUCGAGACGAUGACGCCGCGGAAGCGGCAGCUGCUCGCCAUCGUCAACUCGCGCGACGUGUCGCGGAUCAGGGGCCUCGCGGGGUUCGGGGCCAAGAAGGCGCGCGACCUGGUCGACUACCUGGAGCUCCUGGGCGGCGGCGACGAGGCGGCGGCGGGGGCGGGGGCGGCGGGGGGCCGGAUCGAGUCGGUGACGCAGCUGCGGAGCGUGCCGGGCAUGGGUGGGCGGACUGUCGAGAGGGCGUACGAGGGGCUCACGGCAACGGCGGCGGCGGCGGCCGUGGCGUAG